AUGCUGCCGGCCUUGCUCACUUUCAUCAUUGCUCUCUCCUAUGCUCGUUCCACCCACCUUCUCCCUUUCUACCCAUUUUGCUGCCACAUCAUCAAUCCGCCCUCCAUUCCCCUUUCACCCCUCACUCCCUCUCUUCCUCCCUCACUUUCUUGUUCUUUCCACUCACAGGCAGCUAAGUUGGUGCGCCCCUCUUUUCUCUGUCUCAUCAUUGCUCUUUCCUACGCAGCCAAUUCGGUUCGGCCAGCCCUGCUCGGUCUCAUCAUCGCUCUCUCUCUCCUAUGCCUGCUCCACCGCCCUGCUACGCUUCUACCCCAUCGUGCUGCUGGCUCAUCAAUCCCCUCCUCCAUUCCCCUCCCCCACUCCAUCCAAUCACAGGCAGCCAAGUGGUUGCGCCCAGCCCUGCUCGGCCUCAUCAUCGCUCUCUCCUAUGCUCGCUCCUCUGCUCUGCUCCGCUUCUACUCCGCCCCCAUGCACAUUCUCGAGCACCUGCCAUCAGUGGGUGAAGCGAAUGAAGACUUGGUCACGGUGUGCUAUGGCAUGGAAUGGCAUCGCUUCCCCACCUCCUUCCUCCUCCCCUCGCCUCUCCACCGAGCUGCGUUCAUCGACGAUGGCUUUAAGGGCCUGCUGCCGAUCCCCUUUGACCCGGAACAAGGGGGGACGGAGUCUGCUCCCGGCUAUUUCAACGACAGGAACCAAGCCACGCCCGAGCAAUUCCUGGACGAGUCUUUGUGCGACUAUCUGGUCGAGCUGGACAACUCGCGCCACGUCAGCAUGACAGGGGAGCGAGGAAGCAUCCUGGAAGGAGCGGAUGCCCUGCGAGGGCAUGACGAGGAAGAAUGGGAGGUGCUGGCAUCCCUCCCGUUUGUUGAUGCCCAGCGCUCCCCGGCUCUCUACCGAGCCUUCUUCAUCCCGGGCCUGUCGGAGAGGCUCGUCAAGUAUGGCUCGUAUGCCUUGCUGCGGCGGAAGCAGGCGGCAAGCAGGAUGGAGGAGCCUGAGGAGGAUUGGCUGAAACUGAGUGGCUAUAAAGCACUCGUUUCCACAGCGCCGGGGGUUAUGGCGGGUAACGAGAAAUACGUUCAAGCAACGAACGACGACGCGACCGUCAGUAAACUCUCCUGUGUGACAAAAGGUUAUUUCCAGGACCCCUUUGUGAAGCUAUUCGUUCGCCGCCCAGCCCGGCGGUCGCCCGUCAUCCACCGAGGCUACUUCGCCCGCUGGGCUGCUCUGCAGCAGCUCGUCGACCAGUUCCUCUCCGUUGAAGGAUCAGCUAAUGACGAGGACAGGCCCAGGGCUCCUCCCGGGAGUGAUCAGGAGAGACAAGGGGAGUCAGAAAAGUCAAGGGAGUCAACAGGGGGAUCGGAUGUGACUCUGCAAAUUAUUUCCCUGGGAGCAGGAUUUGACACACUCUUCUUCAGACUCCAGACAGAGGGCAGAGCUCCACGUAGAUUCAUCGAGGUGGAUUUUCAAGAGGUGGUAGCAAAGAAAACCGCCAUCAUCAACGCCAAGCCAGAGCUCGCAGCGUGCCUCGGCUCAGACGUCACUCCUCUAGAGGGUGACGGUCUGCGCUCCUCGAAUGGCUACUCCCUCGUGUCGGCUGAUUUGAGAGACACCGAGAAGCUGCAAGAGGCACUUGCAGCAGCUGGAGCUGAGUUCGGGCCCAACACAGCGACGCUAUUCCUCUGCGAGUGCGUACUCAUAUACAUGGACGCACCCAGCAGCAGCAGGCUUGUGGCGUGGUCGGCAGAGAAGUUUGGCACGGCGGCGUUUGUCGUCUACGAGCAGAUCCGCCCGGAUGAUGCUUUUGGGCAGCAGAUGAUCCAAAACCUAGAGGCUCGGGGCUGUCCUUUGCUUGGCAUCAGAGCCACACCAACACUUGAAGCAAAGGAAAAGAGAUUUCUCGACGGUGGAUUUGAAAGAAGCAAGGCAGUAGACAUGGACGUGAUCUAUUCACACCACAUCGAUCCACAGCUUGUCAGAAAAAUCGAGCCACUGGAGAUAUUUGACGAGUUUGAGGAGUGGCAUCUAAUGCAGGAACAUUACUGUAUUGCAUAUGGAAUAAAGGAUGCUCUGGGUGUUCUCCACAACUUUGGAUUUCGUAAAUUCUCUCAAGACACAACAUAG